AUGGCACAGGAAGACAGCAAGUCGGGCUCAUCCGAGGAGCAAUCCCCGAAAUAUUGGCGAGCCAUUCUCGGCGAUAUCUGCCAGCUGCCCUCAUUCCCCCGUGCCACCGGUGACCCCAACCGAUACGUCGAAUGUGUCCGACAGGCCGCCGACGUCACCGACAGGAAAGACCUCGGGAUCUGGCUUCUCCGCGAAUGCCUGCCGGGCUACGAGUUCGUCGCCUCGGCCCGCCGCUGCAAGACCAAGAUCACCUUCUCGCAGUACCAGAACUGCCCGUGCCCCCAGCAGCAGCCCCAGUGCAAGUGCGUCACCCAGCAGAACAACCAGAACUGCCAGACCACCACCACCCAGCAGCAGUACUGCCCGCAACAGCAGGAAGUCGUCCAGCAGCCGCAGUCGUGCCCGCUUGGCUCUCAGCCCGCCUCCCUGCCCACCCCGGCCCCGUACGUGCCCACCCAGGCGCAGCAGAACUCGCAGUGCGGAUGCACGGGAGGAGUUCAAAUCGGCAGCUGCAACCAGAACUACCAGUGCCCCGGCCAAUCUGUCUGCCAGUGCAUGGUCUGCUGCUACUUCCGCAAGAAGGCCAAGCGCGCC